AUGGAACAACAACAGAAGAAACGAGUAGUGCUAGAGAGAGUGUAUCUCCUUAAUGUCGUCUUAUUUUUUGAGAACACCGAAGUCCUUUUGAACUUCAUUCAAGUCAGUAAGAAGUGUGUCCAGACGUGUCAGGACUUAUACACCAACCCUCCAAAGAUAGUGAACACUUUGUCGGAUCUAUUUCUCAUCUUUUCUCUCUUUAAGAAAAUUAAUACAUUAAGCUUCCCAACUGUUAUAUUCUCAAAGGCAUCUCUUGAAGGGUCUGAAUACUCCGAUGAACAAAAAGCCGCAUUAUACGACAAACUAAAGACUUUAGACUUCCGUGUUGCUAUCAAUUAUUGGAGUCAAUAUACCGCAAAGUAUUUUGAAGGCCUUGUCGACAACUUUAAGAGCAUUUCGAUUAGUCGUUUGACAUCUCUUGAUUAUAGUGUGAAAUCCGAAUUGUCUCCAUUCUAUUUGAAGAUGGAUUUCUUACAACGGGUGGCAUUAACUCUUGGAAAUUCCAAUGAAUAUUUAUUGAAGAAGAAGAAUCCUCUUUUAAAAGUGUUAGUACUCAAUAUAGAAGACGACGUUGAUGGAACUUGUGAGAGACUUGUUGACAUCCAAAUGGUUCCAACAACUAAAAUUCUUUUUUUCUUCAGAGAUGUUGAUGAGAAGACUGUGGAGAAGAUCGAAUCGAUGCGUAUGAAGUACUUCCCAGUUAAUGAGUGUUUCAUCUAUUGUAAAUAUACAACACUUCCAAUCCACGACAUCAUAUCAAAAAGAGUUAUUCUACUCCCAAAAGAUCAACGAACGUACUUGUCGCCAGACCAACUUCAAAAUAAUGAUAUCGAACAAGUGAUUCAGUUGUAUGGAAUACUCUCGAUACAAUCUAUAAGUGACUGUAUGAAUAAAGGAAUACUAACCAAAUCACUCAAAACACAAUUGAGGAAUGUCGUGGUCUUAAAUUUGAUGUUUUACUCCUUGCGAAUGAAACUUGUUGAUGUGAUCCCAGACUCUUUGGUAUCACUCUCAUUGGAAAACGUCGUUAUGUCAAAUGAUAUCGAUUUGUCAGAGACGAGACUCGUCGAAAUCAAUUUCACACGAUGCGACUUCAUCCAUUUAAAUGUUCCAAAAACAGUGAAGAGACUGAGAGUGUCGAAUAACAAUACACUGAACACAAUUGAAGGCACCAAAAACCUCAAUUUGGAGUUAAUCGUUAUCUUUUCGUGUAAAGCACUCGAUACACUGUUGUUCGAGUCUGCUAAAGAAAUCAAAUUGCUCAGUUCUGGUAUCAAGACAGUGAAUACAAAAGCUUUAGAAAACGCAGAUGAGGUUUCUGUCCAACAAUGCAAGUUCGUGUAUAACGCGCCAAACCAGGCAAAGCAAUUCAAAGAUGAGUCGAGUGACUUCAAACGAAAGCUUCAUUCUUUCUUUGGCUUUUCUUUUUAA